CUAGGAUCCAAUAAACUGGCGACAAGGAUUAAACAAGUUAAACCGGAGCAGGCAAGAGAAACGAAAUUGGCACUGUACCUCGCACAGCAAUUGAAAAUGGCUGCUUCAUUUUUUGUCACACUCUUUGGAUUCUUUGCACUGAUGUCAGCCUUACCUCAACAAUUGAGUCCCACUAAAGAAUCAUGCUUAGACAUGGGUGUUGAAUUGAACCACUACUUUGUUCUGGAAAGAGAAGGAGUUAUUUUUAACUGCCCUGAAUUGAAUACAAAACAGAACUACAGUGUUAUGUGGUAUAAUAAUGAAACAUUUGAAGUAAUUACAGCAGACAAGGAGAAAAGGAUACAUGUACAGGAUGAUUUGCUUUCGUUUCUUCCAGUGUUGUUGGAAGACACUGGACACUAUACUUGUGUUGUAAGGUAUCCAACAUGUAGCCAAAAAUUUGCUGUUUCGUUAACAGUUACUGCCUCUACCAGUCCUUCAUGUUUCCAAAGUAAAUUUUUCUAUGGGUCCUCAUCAUAUAUGGGGAUUUCUAAAAAGAUUUCUUGUCCUGAUAUCGAUAACUAUGUAACCUCAAAUGAAGAAUUUGAACUACGUUGGUACAAGAAUUGUGAGCCUGUUGCAUAUGGAAGAAAAUAUAUCUACCAUAAAGGUGACCAGCAACUUACAGUAAAAAAUGUGGAGGCAUCAGAUGCAGGAAUCUAUGUCUGUGAACUGUGGUUUAUAUAUAAUGGUUUACAGUACAGAACAACAAGAACCAUUGACUUUGAUGUUAAAGGCUGUAAAGCUAGUAUCGGCCCAAAAAUUAUACAUCCAAAAAAUGGUACAAUUGAACUAGAACCUGGAUCAAAAUUGAACUUAUCUUGCACAGCAUAUACAGGAUAUUGUGAACCAUCUACAACAUUAAUUUAUUGGACCGUAAAUGAAAUGUUUAUUGAAGACUACUUUGGUAACCAUCUUCAAGUUGAAUAUAGUCAGAAGAACGAUAAAGAACAAGGAAACUAUUAUCAGUCAAAUAUAAUUUUUCCUAAUUUCAAAGAAGAGUAUUAUAAUGAAUCACUUACGUGUGUCUCCAAAAAUGGCCUGGGGUAUCAAAAAGCAACUGUUAAAUUUAGGAAAACAGCUCCAGAUUUUACCAGGGAGAUAGUAGCUGCAUUUGGCGUUUUUGCCUGUGUUUUAUUUAUCUGCAUAUGCACUUAUAAGUUUUUCAAGAUUGAUAUUGUCCUGUGGUAUCGUGAUACCUUUCCUGUAAAACAUUCUGAAAAUGAUGGCAAGAGAUAUGAUGCAUAUAUCAUCUAUCCACAAAGUUCAUGUUCUUCAUACACUACUAAUAUCCUUGUCUUCAUUAUGGAUAUGCUGCCUCAAGUUUUAGAAUGCCAGUGUGGAUAUAAAUUGUUCAUACCUGGAAGAGACGAUCUACCCGGAGAAGAUUACAUUGAGCAAGUAAAAAUAAAUAUCAAAGACAGCAGAAGACUGAUUAUUUUAAUAACAGAAUCUUUUGAUAAACAGCUGUGCUCUAUGUUUGAACAGCAAGUUGGAUUGCACGAUGCACUGAUAUCUAAUCAAACGGAAGUUAUUCUGAUUGAGUUGGAGUAUGAUGAUGAUUACAGUGACUUUCCAGAAUCAAUGAGGCAUAUUAUACAAAACAAAGGAACUAUUAAGUGGAAAAGUAGUGAAUGGGAAAAAGAAUCUUCAUCGUUAAACUCAAAAUUCUGGAAACAAGUGAGAUACAACAUGCCACCAAAAUCUUCUCGGUCCCAUUGUAAAAUUGAGUAUUAUGAGACUUAAAUGUAUUUGAUAUCCUGUGUUUCAAGAGAGUACAGACAUUUAGGUAUAGUACAAUGAGUAAUUAAGUAAACUGCAGAGGUGGAUAUUUCUGAGCACUUGGUGCACUCAGGUUCUCUCCCACUGUAACUUUGCUGAAAGUUCAGAUGAAACUCUGUUUACAGUAUUACAAGCCUCAAGGAAAUUAAACUCUUUAACCUGUUAUCAAAGCCUUUUUAUCUUUAAUUGUCUGUGCAGUUUUAAAAGUGUAUUUUUUACUGACGUUUCCUUAUGUCAUUUUACAACUGCACAACAUAUGGGAGUAUCCACAAAUGAUACAUAAAUGUAUGUUGUCCAUAUAUAUUGUGUAAAUAAAAGUGAAUACAGCAUGGUCAAUAAAUACAUUCCAAAACCAGAUUUAUAACAAUAUAGGGAAGGUGAUGGCGUAGUGAUAUUGUCACUGGACUAGUAAUCCAGAGAACCAGGGUAAUGCUCAGGGGACCCGGGUUUGAAUCCCACCAUGGCAAAUGAUGGAAUUUGAAUGACUAUGAAACCAUUGUCGAUUGUUGUAAAAACCCAUCUGGCCCACUAAUGUCCUUUAGGGAUGGAAAUGUGCUGUCCUUACCUGGCCUGGCCUACAUAUAACUCCAGACCCAAAGCAAUGAGGUUGCCUCUGAAAAUUCCCCCUGAACACAGGCAAUUAGGAAUGGGCAAUAAAUGUGGGCCAGCGAUGCCCACAUCCCAUGAAUUAAAAAAAAAUGUAAUGGAUGUUUUAAAGUCAUAAUAAAGAAUCCUUUUUUGAAAGUUUGACUUCUUCUUUUGUGCAACAUAUUAUUUAUAAGUUUUGUGUAACUAAAAUCGUACCCAAAUCCUAAAAAUAAACAGCUUAACUAAAUGUUCAUAAUGAAGCACAGAGUAGAGGCAUUUUGCAUGAGAUAAAAUGAUGAAUUGUAGAUGACAAGUUUUCCUAGACAUCUAAUUGUUCUUAUUAGUCUGCUUUUUUUGAAAGGAUUCCUUUUUUUGAAAAAAUACAUUAAACAGCAGAUCUAAGAUACAAGAAACAUGCUUAAAGAAAUGUUUUCAAAAUGGAUUAGGACCUAAAACAUGACUCUGGAUGAUGGAAUGAGUUAGAAGCAUUGUUAAUAUAGUUUUUUCAUGUAAUCUUCAAACCUCUGAACUUACUUUCUUUGUGGCUACUUUUAGUAAAUUGUUCCAAAGCAUAUAUACAAAGUAGAGUGGGAAGACUUCUGUGUGCAGUCCUUCUGAUCCAUUUCCUCUGUAAAUCUGCUGAGAAUUAGGUCAGGAAUAAUAUAUGAUGGAUCACAGACUUCCCUGCUGGAUUCUGCAGAACCAGUACCCUGCAGUGGUUUCCAAACAAGAUUACUGCAUCAGUGGUAGUGGACCUGCAACUCAGUUUCCUUAACUCCAGCAUAAUGGAACGGCUGCAGCUGGUGUGCAUAGUGAAAGGAGAUGCACUAACUGUUGUAAGGGAGGAAAAGAGGCCCAUCUGGGGUUCUGAUUGGAUUGUGGAAUGUGUUCGUAUUUUUUUCUAAGGUUAUUUUCAAGUCACCAUCUGAUUAGCUACUCUGAUGCAUGUUUGCAGAGUGGCCUCAGAAGCCCCUCAUGAGUGGACAGCCCACACCACACUUGCAGCCAAACUAUCUGGUUGGCUUCCAAGAUACUCGCAUACCAGUGUGGGCACCAGUCACGAUGAUAAACUAUGCUCGAGUCAGUGGUGGAGGGACCUGGCUGGCUGAGCACAGAAUUUUAGCCCAACAUCUUUACUAUUUAUUACAUGGUUCCAAUUUGAAGUUAGUAAUGUGCAAUUUGAUAGGGCUGUGCAUUUUUUCAGCUCCUGUUAUAAUAUAGAAUUGUAUUCUUGAUUCCCAUAGUUGCUGUUUUAAUACAGGCUAGCCAUUGCAGUUGUAAUACUUCAAAGAAAAAAGUAAUGUAAAUUUUCACUUUUCAAAUAAUGGAUCUGCUUUUCAUAUGCAGGUAUUUUCCAUACAUAUAUCCUCAGCUCUCUUUAGCAUUUAGGUCCUCCAAGUUGACUUGCUAUGAAAGUUUACUUCCUUUGGUGUACAUAGUCAACUGCUUAGAUUCUCUCUGUCAUCUGUUUACUGUCUAAUUAGGUCAAAUAUACUGAAUAAAAAGAGUUGUUGAAAUGCA